CUUUGCUGGCCGGUAGAGGUCGUCAAGAAUAUCCUUCCAAGCAAGGGGAGCAGCCGCACCAGGGGCUGAGGAGCGACUACAGCGCCGAGGUUAACCACAUCUCGUCCUCGACCUCCCUAGAUGAGGAUUAUGAAGAUGAUGACCUAGUAAAUUCUAAUGAGGUUAUGAAGAAACCAUGUCCAGUACAGAUUGUUCUUGCUCAUGGAGAUGAUCAUAACUUCAAGCUUGAUGAAGAAGCUUUGGAGCAGAUUUUGCUACAGGAGCAGAUACGAGCUCUUAACAUAGUUGUGGUGUCAGUGGCAGGAGCUUUUCAUAAAGGAAAAUCAUUUCUACUGGACUUCAUGCUUAGAUAUAUGUAUAACAAGGAUUCUCAAAGUUGGAUUGGUGGAAACAAUGAACCAUUGACUGGCUUUACAUGGAGAGGUGGCUGUGAAAGAGAAACAACAGGCAUACAAGUUUGGAAUGAAGUAUUUGUGACUGACAGACCUAAUGGGACAAAAGUGGCUGUGCUGCUAAUGGAUACCCAGGGUGCCUUUGAUAGCCAGUCAACUAUCAAGGACUGUGCAACAGCUUUUGCUCUGAGCACUAUGACUAGUUCUGUUCAGGUAUAUAAUUUGUCUCAAAAUAUUCAAGAAGAUGAUCUUCAACACUUACAAUUAUUUACAGAAUAUGGAAGACUUGCCAUGGAAGAAAUCUAUCAGAAACCAUUUCAGACGUUAAUGUUUUUGAUUAGAGAUUGGAGUUACCCUUAUGAACAUUCAUAUGGUUUGGAAGGUGGAAAACAGUUUCUUGAAAAGAGAUUACAGGUAAAACAAAAUCAACAUGAAGAGCUACAGAAUGUAAGGAAGCAUAUUUAUAAUUGUUUCUCAAAUCUGGGUUGCUUCCUUUUGCCAUAUCCUGGUCUUAAAGUUGUAACUAAUCCUAGCUGUGAUGGGAGAUUGAAAGAUAUUGAUGAAGAAUUUAAACGGGAACUUCGAAAUUUAGUUCCAUUGCUGCUUGCCCCUGAAAAUUUGGUAGAAAAAGAGAUAAGUGGAUCUAAAGUCACUUGUAGAGAUCUUGUAGAAUAUUUUAAGGCUUACAUUAAAAUUGAUCAAGAAGAACUUCCACAUCCAAAGUCUAUGCUUCAGGCAACAGCUGCAGCUAAUAAUCUUGCUGCAGUAGCAGGAGCAUGAGAUGUCUAUUGCAAAAGUAUGGAACAGGUAUGUGGUGGGGACAAGCCUUACACUGCACCUUCAGACCUGGAGCAAAAACACCUGGAUCUCAAGGAAGUGCCAAUUAGACAGUUUUGUUCUGUGAAAAAAAUGGGUGGCGAUGAGUUCUGCCGUCGGUAUCAGGACCAGCUUGAGGCUGAAAUUGAAGAAACCUAUGCAAAUUUUAUAAAGCACAAUGAUGGCAAAAAUAUCUUUUAUGCUGCUCGUACUCCUGCCACACUGUUUGCGGUGAUGUUUGCAAUGUAUAUAAUCUCAGGACUGACUGGCUUCAUUGGCCUAAACUCUAUAGGUAUUUGUAACCUUGUCAUGGGGUUAGCACUGACAUCCCUUUGUACUUGGCAUAUGUUAAAAACUCUGGGGAGUUCAGAGAAAUUGGAACUAUGAUUGAUCAGAUUGCUGAAACACUAUGGGAACAGGUAUUGAAGCCACUGGGUGAUAAUUUGAUGGAGGAAAACAUAAGGUAGUCUGUAACAAACUCUAUCAAAGCAGGCCUGACUGACCAGGUGUCUCAUCAUGCCAGAUUAAAGACAGAUUGACAGUUCAUCUCCUCAUGGACUCCACUUUCUUUUUCAUGCUUGCUGUAAAAUGAGAACUCAAAUAAAAAUAAACCAAAGUUUAC